CUUAAUUCUCUCUCUCUCUCUCUCUCUCUGAAACCCCUAUUUAAAUGCAAGCUUAACCCACUGCUCUAUCCCAUGUAUUAAUUUGUUUUCUCCACCAGCUCCGACGCCACUGCUUGUGAUCUUGUUCUUGCUACCUCUCUCUUUCUUAAUUUUCUCCUUCCAGUGCCUCGCUUGUUUCCAUAACUUGUAGUAGUAGUAGGAGUCUCUUCACUCCUUUUCUAGCUAUAAAUAAUUUCCCACAAGUAAAUUCCUUCUGUUACUUGGUGCCUAGUCAUAUUAACCUUGAAUCUAUAUAUACAUAUAUAUAUAUAUAUAUAUAUAUAUAUAUAAUAUAGACUACUAUUAUUUCUUCUUUAAUUAUAUAUCUUUAAUUAGCUAGCCUUUGUUUUAAUUACAAGUUAAUAUAAAUUUCAAUAAGAUAUGUCUAGCCGGAAGUCGCGAUCAAGGCAAUCAGGUAGUUCAAGAAUCAAUGAUGAUCAGAUCCUUGAUCUUGUAACAAAGUUGCAACAACUUCUUCCCGAGACUCGCAAUCGGCGUUCUGAAAAGGUCUCAGCUGCCAAGGCCUUGCAGGAGACAUGCAACUAUAUUAAAAGCUUGCACAGAGAGGUCGAUGAUCUUAGCGAGCGGCUUUCUGAGCUAUUAGAAACAACUGACACUACUCAAGCUGCGAUAAUUAGGAAUUUGCUUAUGAAAUAGGGCUAGUUAAGGAUUAGUACUUGUUAGCCUAUGCAGUAGGAUCGUGUGCUUGUUUCCGGCCUCUCUUCCUUUGUUUUUCUCUAUCUUUUAAUAUCUAGAUUUUAGCACUAGAAUCAAUCCGUAAUAAUGCUUUUUAGAGAUUAGAAAAUCCUUUCGCAAAGCUAUGUCAAGGAAUAUAAUAAUAAUAAUAAUAUUUGCUGGCAAA